AUGAAAUUCAGUGUCAAUAAAUUACUGUCCAUUACAUGCUUAUUAGCCCUCGCUAGUUUGACUAUCGCUGCUCCACUGCAAGAUAUUUCUGUUACUUCCAUCGAUCUUGCAGAGAACACUUACAAUGCACAAGGAGAUGAGCAUCUCUUUGUUACUGUCACCAGAGUGGAUGACUUGAUUGAUGACGAUGGCACUCUUUUGGCUGAGCGCAUCAUGGCAGUGCGAGUUACUUUUGAUGUCGUCGAGAACCAACUGAUGUGUAACGGUAGACCAGUUGAUAUUGGCGUCUCCAACAUCCAAGUUGAGGCUCAGAUGGCAAACAACCCUGCUAAAUUGUCCAUUGCAUCAGAAGAAGACGCUGCAUUGUUGGCUGAUACCUUUGAUAUCGGCCUUGUUACAGUUGAAGUUACUGCAAGCGUAUUGGACGAACUCAAGACAGAUGAUGGCAUGGUGUUCCGCAGAAUCAGCGUCCAAGAAUUAAUCACUGAAAUCAACGGUGAGAAGGUAGUCCAGACCGAAGCUGGUCAGCAGAUUUUGGAUGUGUUCGAAAACGGCUCAUUGAUCAAGUGGUCUGUCGACCCUCUCACUGGUUUCAUGUUGCCUGGUCCUGCAGCCAUUGAGGACGAAAGCGUAUUCCAAGACGAUGAUGUCUUUAACAUUGUUGAUUGUCCCGGCUGCGAGUCCAUUGAUCUCCAAGACUGGUGGAAUGAAACAUCUUCGGUGAACCAGGGCCUCAUUGGCGGUGCUUUUGUUGCCUUCUUUGCGGGCAUCUUUAUGAUCAUCCGUGAGUUGCUCAAACCCUCAUCCUAUGACCCUGUCGCACUCGUUGAAGAUCAAAAGAAUGCCACUGACGAACAAAUCUGGGACAAGAAGGCACAACCUCCUGCCUACGUUGAACAAGAGGAAGAGAAACAACCUUUUUUGAAUGAAUCCAAGUAA